GUCACGAGAAGCGCCCUCGGCCCAAAUCUCGUGAUAGCUCGGGCGUGAUCCCAAACCGACGCCUUAAACCCCCCACAAUUCCGUGCGCGGGUCCCUUUUCCGGCGCGGCCAUUCUCGCCAGCGGGCCGACUAACAAAACGCAAGCAUGGCGCCCAAGCGGAACAACAUGAUCCCAAAUGCGCAUUUCCACAAGGACUGGCAGAAGAGGGUGCGCACGUGGUUCAACCAGCCCGCCCGCAAGGAGCGCAGGCGCAAGAAUCGUCUUGCAAAGGCCCGGAAGAUCGCCCCCAGGCCAGUGGGAGGUGACCUCAGGCCCGUCGUGCGCUGCCCCACGGUGCGUUACCACACCAAGGUGCGCUCCGGGCGCGGAUUCUCCCUCGAGGAGCUGAAGGCUGCCGGCAUCAACCGCAAGGUGGCUCGCACAAUCGGCAUCGCGGUGGAUCACCGGCGGCGCAACAAGUCAACAGAGUCCCUGCAGGCCAACGUGCAGCGUCUCAAGAUCUACCGCUCCAAGCUCAUCCUCUUCCCCAAGAGGGCCGCCAAGCCUGCCAAGGGAGACAGCUCGCCCGAGGAGCUCAAGCUGGCUACACAGCUGAAGGGAACGGUGAUGCCGAUUUCACAGCACCAGAGGGUGGAGAAGGCGCGCAAGAUCACGGAGGAUGAGAAGAACUUCAAGGCGUUCGUCACCCUGCGCGUGGCUCGCAGCCACGCCAGGCUCUUUGGCAUCCGCGCCAAGCGCGCCAAGGAGGCGGCGGAGGACGGCGGUGUUGAACCCAAGAAGAAGUGAGAGGGUCACUCGAUCUGUAAUGCGGGAUUUUGAUCAAUAAAAGACCACAGCUCGACA